GAAAUAUGCCCCUUGUUCUACACGAACGAGAAGGAGAAUAUUUUGAGUAAAGAUUAGCAGUCGUGCUUCACCAUGAGUACGAGGAAGGCAAUCAAAGGUUUAGAAGAGAGGCUGAAAGACGGAGAGAGUAUUAUCGUGGCAGAGGGGUAUUUGUUUGAGUUCGAGCGAAGGGGUUAUUUGCAAGCCGGAGCGUUUGUUCCAGAAAUUGUUCUUGAACAUCCACAGAUCGUGAGACAACUCUAUGAAGAGUUUGUCCACGCCGGAAGUGACGUGGUGCUAGCCUUCACGUACUAUGCUCAUCGCCAGAAACUAAAACUGAUCGGCAGAGAGGACGACUUGGAGAAGCUGAACCGAAAAGCUCUGAAAAUGGCGCGAGAGGUGGCAGACGAGACAGGAACGCUUAUGGCGGCAAGCCUGUCCAAAACAAUGGCAUUUAUAGCCAGGGACAGUGAAGCCAUUGCAGAAACCAAAAAAAUGUUCAGGGAGCAGGUUCAGUGGGCGUAUGAAGAAGGCGUAGACUUCAUGGUCGGGGAGACCCUGUCCGACCUAGAGGAGGCCAUGUAUGCUUUGGAAGCCAUCAAGGAGUUUGGUCUCCCCGCGGUAAUAACGCUGUCUUCUCUCGGUGACACCACACGGGACGGUCACCCGUACUCGGAAGCAUUAAAGAAACUGGAGGACGCAGGGGCGGCCGCUGUUGGUCUGAACUGUAUACGUGGACCUGCCACUAUGCUGCCGUUAAUGAAGGAAAUUAGGGACGUCUGUAAGGGCCCGCUGUGUGCAUUGCCCGUAGUCUACCGGACAUCGCCGGACUUGCCGUCCAUGCAGUCGUUAACAGGGGUCGGACCAGGUGGUAGCAACAUCAGAUACUUCGACCUUCCCGCGUGGCAGUGCAGUCGCACAGAGAUCCAAGAGUUCGCCAGAGAGGCCCGGGCCAUUGGGAUUCAGUACGUGGGGCUCUGCUGCGGUAACGCCUCACACUACAUCCGCGAGGUGGCAGAAACCUUGGGACGCUCUCCUCCCGCCAGCCGCUACUCGCCGGACAUGGGGGCGCGUCACGACCCCACCCUCCUUGCUAAACAGGCCGAGACAUCGCUUCGGAAGACGUGA